AUGUCGUGCUGUGCGCGGAAGCGGGAGCCAACCGUCUCGCGGCGUGUGCCCCCGAAAAGCGAUUAUACGGUGCGAUGGGUGGCCCGUUGGGUGAAUCGGGACUACAUCACGCUCCGCUGCACGCCCCACUCCGAGAACUCGACUCGCACCAUUACGGUGGCCGGACGGCUGCACGAGGAUCUGGUGUACCCCUACGUGUUGACCCAGUCGAAGCACAUCUGCCGUGGCGAAGACUUUUUUGGCGGAAAGUGGAAGCCGAUGUUCACGGACAGUGACACCAAAUCGAAAGAAUCGAAGGAGACGACCACCCCCGCCGCCUCCCCCGCCAAGGCCAAGCCGUCCAGCACCCAGCCAACCGCCGACAGCAAGGAAAAAACGACCCCGGUGAGCCCUGGCCCGACCAAGACGAGGACGGCCGGCGGGAAGUCGAUGAUUGCCAGCGUGGUCAAGCCGUCCGCCCAGAAGCCCGCCGUCGCGGGGCCCAAGAUCCAUUUCAAGGUGUUCGAUCUGCUCCACACCCACUACGAGACACUCCCAACUACCAAUGAUGCCCCGGGACCCAGGCAGGAAGCUGUCACGAAACGCCUUGAAGUUCCCCACUCGGUGGAGGAGGACAGUCUGAAGACGUCGCUCAGUGAUGAUGCUUGGGAGCCGAAAUCGGUGUGCCUGUCGCUGACCGAGUCGGGCCAGCCGGGCGCCGGCGCGAAAAGACAGACCAAGAAGAAGAAGGGCACCACCUUGUCCAAGCCCACCCCCGACCUGCUCACCGCCUGCGACGACGACGUCAGCAACAAGUCCAGGAAGAAGAAGGAUCAGACGCUGGCCACCGCCGCUGAUUCGGAAAAGUCGCGGAAGAAGAAGAAACCCGGUCUCCGCGGCAUGCUGCACAUGAAGCCGAACGCUUCGAAAAUUAAGGAGGUCACCUGCGAGGAGGCGCCGAAGACGCUCAAGGAGGAGCUGCUGACCGCGGCGGCGCUGCCUUCG